GGUCGUUCCGUCGGAAGCGGAAAUCGAAUUUGUUGUUAAUGUGUUGCCUUGAGGAGCGGUGUUUUAUUUUAAGACAAGUUCAAUAAACUCAAAAACAAAGUAGGCUGAUUAAAAUGGCCGGGACGGCUUCAGUAGCGGGUGAAGUGUUCGUCGAUGCGUUGCCAUAUUUUGACCAAGGAUACGACGCAACGGGAGUCCGAGAAGCGGCUGCAGCAUUGGUUGAAGAGGAGACCAGAAGAUACCGACCUACCAAGAACUACCUGAGCUACUUGCCCACACCGGACUUUGCUACUUUUGAGACAGAGAUCAUGAAGAAUGAGUUUGAGCGUCUUGCAGCUCGCCAGCCCCUGGAGCUUCUGAGCAUGAAGAGAUAUGAGCUGCCUGCGCCUUCAGCAGGACAGAAGAACGACAUCACUGCGUGGCAGGAGUGCGUCAACAACUCCAUGGCCCAACUGGAGCACCAGGCAGUCCGCAUCGAGAAUCUAGAGCUGAUGUCACAGUAUGGAACCAAUGCGUGGAAAGUCUACAAUGAUAACUUGGCUUAUAUGAUUGAGAUGGCACAAAAGGAGCUUCAGAAAUUCAGGAAGCAAAUUCAGGACAUCAACUGGCAGCGCAAGAACGAUCAGUUGGCAGGAGGAGCCAAACUACGAGAGCUGGAGUCCAAUUGGGUGUCUCUGGUCAGCAAGAACUACGAGAUCGAGCGAGCCAUCGUCCAGCUGGAGAAUGAAAUCGCUCAGCUCAGACAACAGCAGGGGGACGAGAACAAGGAGAAUAUUCGGCAGGACUUCUAGAUGACGCCUCAGUCACACAGAUGUCAGCUUGUUUCAUAAACGUUUGUGGAUUGAGAAGCAAGAAGGUGGUUAAGUGACCUGUUCGGAGGAGAUUUAAUGUGAAUCUUGCCAAUAACGUUGACCUUCAGGAGGAUCCACCAACACACACUUCACCACACCUCAUGUUUCACUGUACAAACAGUGUUGGAAUAUGGUUCAAUGAGACUUUUUCGAACAGUUUCUCCCCCCUGAGGAACCCAGAUAUUAAGUGAUCCCAUGUACAGUCUACAAAAAUACAAGACAUUCUUACAAAAGAAGAGUUAGAUUCUUAAACAAUAAAAUAUUACUACUUUGGUCAGUAGCUCAUGUUGAUGCUUGAGUCGGUUAAGUGUUUCCCAAACACUGAACUGUGUUAUUUGUUGAAAUCCUCUUCACGUCUAGAUAGUCAUCAAUACAUAAGGUUGUCUGUGGAAGUGUAGUUUACAAUAGCUGAUAAACUGGGUAUUGAAUAAUACUUUGUGUUUCAUUUAAUUUUGUCAUAUCACUUUAUACGUUAAGCCCCGCCUUCCUCUUCUCCUUUAGGGAAUGAGCUCCGUCAACCAAUCAAGUGCUGUUACAAGUCAGUCUAACAGCUGCCGCAUCGUUAUUGGUUCACUCAUGAGAAUCUGAAUACUGUAUCAAUCCCUGAGGGAAAUUGGUUGCAUUACCUUUUGUUCCCUCAGUAUUAAAAUCGUAUUAAUAAUUUACAAAAAGAGUAAAGUUAUCAAAACACAAUAAUGGCAAUAUAUUCAAUUGAACUUGAAAUGUAAACGUGACAAGAAAUAUGACCCCUUUAAAUUCUAUAACAAAUAAACAUAAAUAAAAAGGUGUGAAUGUAAUGUAUGUAUAGGAAAAGUAAAUUUUGCUGUCAAAUCCAAAGGGUUUUUUAAGAGCACAAUUAUUCACGGUAACAGAGAAAUAUUGCACAUAUUGAUGGAUUGUGUUGGCUGACCUAUACAAAUUAGUCCAGGCUUUUGGUUUUGAAUGUGUGACACAGUGAGGGACGCAUGAACAGCCAAUGGCAAUGAUUUCCUGUGGCGCUCUGCAGUACAACAUGGAGGAAUGAGUCUGUCACUGAUGUGUUUGUUACAGUGAACCACAUUCUUUUCCUCUCGUUUCCAAACACCCUUCUUUAUUGACGCUAUCACAACGUGGAUUUCAACAAAUAAGAUACAACGUUAAAGAAACCAAUAAUGGGCUAUAGUUGGAAGAUAAACUUAAAUGUGUAACAGGCAGAUUUGUUGCUGCUUUAUCUCUCAGUCUUUGUUUUGCAUUUAUUGUUUGGUCACUCAAUGUCACAUGAUGGUUGUACUUAUCACUAAUACCAUCAUGCAGGUUUCACUGUGUACAUACUUUUUAGAGUCUGCUGAAGACUAAAUGAUGUCAGUGAGCCUCUCCUUCAUUUCCUUUAGAUUUUUUAUACUGUUGAAUAAAAUACACAUUUCUUACA